CUUUGCCCCCUUCUGUCAUCAAUGAUAACAACCACAGGGACUCACUCCUUCACGACUCAUUCAAGAUCCCAAGUUCCUCCCUUGUUCGCUUCCUUUUCAAGAGUCCACUCUAUAUAUACGGAUACAGUAUUGAUAUCAGUUUCAUUGUCUCUCACUAAAUUUGUCCUCAAAUCCAAGUGGGGGAGAUCAGGAGAUCAGAUUCCUGAAUUGGGUUGUUCACUGAUCAAGUAGACAGUCUUCUGUUGGUGAUCAGCCGCAACCCACUAUGCCUUCUUCUUCCCCUUCCUCUAGGAGUGAGCCGCAGGCUCAAGGAGUUGCACCAAGGAAGCUGGAGUUGCAGGGUCCAAGGCCUGCGCCUCUCAAGGUGAGCAAGGACUCCCAUGGCAUCAGGAAGCCGCCGAUGCCACCGAAGCACCGGUCGCCGGUCAUCAUCUACCUGCGCUCACCGAAGAUCAUUCACACCAAGGCUCAUGAAUUCAUGGCCCUCGUGCAGCGGCUCACCGGUAAGUCCCCAAGGGCCGCAUCGCCUAAUGCAUCGCUACCACCAUUAGUACCAUCAGUUCCUGCGGCGGCCAGGACGACGCCGGUGACGGCGAUGGCGCCGGCGGCUUAUUCCCCUCUUUUCGCACCUUCCCCACUUGAUCAUGGAGCUCAGCUGGGCAUGGAUGUAUCUCGAGAACAGGUGAUGGAUCUCGAGAAGUUUCUCAGUGAUGAUAUCAUCAUAGACUCGAAGCCUAUGAUGCAUCCCAACGGCAUACUAUCGCCGCCACCUUCGUUUCUCUCUCAGCCUUCUCCUAGCUUCUUUCUGCCAUCGCCGAAGACAAGCCUGCAGAGUCCCAACUUGUUCGAGCUCAGUCCUCUUCUUUACACGCCGAGCCACCGAGACGCACUGUUUCUGUCACCCUUUCAGCGAUCGAUUGGAUCAACGCCCUUGAGCUCCGGCCAUGCCUCCUCCUUCAUGGAAUCUUUCACCCUGUCAGACUUGUUCAGGCUCCAGUGAGAGGGCAUUUUUCAUAGGUCAACAGCACAAUUGUUUGACGAUUCCAAGUUGGGAUUAUACAAAGUCCUACCAGUAGAUCAUACUUUUCAGGAGAAAUUACUUUUCUUCCAAGUUCGUCUUAAUUAUAGAUGAGAUGUGUAUGCACAUCUGGUCUGCAAUUGUAGGCAAGGUCGGUCUUUGUAUGACCUCAUACUGCAGUAUAUAACUCUCCCUUUCUCUCUCAUUUGAAGUUGUUUACUUGUUCCUUAUAAUAUUUAAUAAAUUUAUGUAAAUAGAUUUUAGUUCAA